AUGGGUAGGGUCAUCAGAAAUCAGAGAAAGGGCCGUGGCUCUAUUUUCAGUACCCAUACUCGCCUCCGAGUCGGUGCUGCCAAAUUCCGAACCCUCGACUUCGCAGAACGACAUGGCUACAUUCGAGGCAUAGUUCAAGAGAUCAUCCAUGACCCUGGUCGAGGUGCGCCUCUUGCGAAGGUGAAAUUUCGAGACCCAUAUUCGCCUAAGUCAAGAACCGAGAUCUUCAUUGCUACCGAAGGGCUAUACACGGGCCAAUUCAUCUACGCUGGAAAGAAUGCGGCUUUGAGUGUCGGUAAUGUUCUGCCGCUGGGUCAAGUGCCUGAAGGUACCGUCGUUUCAAACGUCGAGGAAAAGACUGGGGAUCGAGGCGCUUUGGGACGAACAUCUGGCAACUACGUCACCGUCAUUGGGCACAACCCCGACGAGGGCAAGACUCGAGUCAAGCUCCCCUCUGGUGCUAAGAAGGUUGUGCUCAGCUCAGCUCGAGGCAUGAUUGGUAUCGUUGCUGGUGGUGGACGAACCGACAAGCCAAUGCUCAAGGCGUCUCGCGCCAAGCACAAGUUCGCCGUGAAGCGCAACUCGUGGCCCAAGACUCGUGGUGUUGCCAUGAAUCCUGUUGACCAUCCUCACGGUGGUGGUAACCAUCAGCACAUCGGCAAGGCUUCUACCAUUUCGCGAUACGCCGCUCAAGGUCAAAAAGCUGGUCUCAUUGCUGCUCGGAGAACUGGUCUGCUACGUGGUACCCAGAAGACCAAGGAGUAG